AGUUUCUGCCGUGAUAUCAUCGGGAGCGCUGGUUCAUUAAGAACAUCCGAACCCGCUGCCGAUCGGCUUCCCCAUACCCCCCUUACAGUAACCAGCGUGACACUGGCCAGCCUGCCCCAUUGUUAGACAACAGGAAACUCUGUAGGGAAAAAAGCAACGCGACACAGACCCAUAGAGACACAGUCACGCUUCCCUUCUGCGCCCUAAAGAAGCCACAACCCUAAACGGAAGAAGGACAGCAUGGCCAGGGACAAAGCUAAAGAAACCGAUGGCGGCUGGAGGAAAUUUAUCUGGAAUGCCGAUAAGAAGGAAUUUCUAGGCAGAACAGGUGGCAGCUGGUUUAAAAUUUUAUUGUUCUAUCUCAUCUUCUAUGGGUGCCUUGCUGGUAUAUUUAUUGGGACCAUUCAAGUACUCCUGUUAACCAUCAGCGAAUUUGAACCAAAGUAUCAAGAUCGUGUUGCACCUCCAGGACUGACACAAUUACCCAGAGCCGUAAAAACUGAAAUCUCAUUUUCACCGAGCGAUUCUAAUAGCUAUCAGGAGUAUGUGAAAAGCAUGGAUAACUUUCUUUCUAAGUACAACAAUGAAAAACAAGGAUCCAAUAUGUUUGAAGAUUGUGGAACUAUCCCUGGGCCAUAUCAUGAGAGGGGAGCUCUCAACAAAGAUGAAGGAAUGAAAAAAUCUUGUGUCUUCAGACGUGAAUGGUUGCAGAACUGCUCUGGACUAAAUGAUCCUUCCUAUGGAUUUGCAGAUGGCAAGCCAUGCGUCAUUGUGAAGCUUAACCGAAUCUUGGCAUUUAAGCCAGUGCCUCCACAGAAUAACAGUCUUCCACCUGAAAUGACAUUGAACUACAACCCAUACGUCAUCCCUAUCCACUGCCAGGCCAAGAAAGAAGAAGACAUAGAAAAAAUCAAGGAGGUGAAAUAUUAUGGAAUGGGCGGAUUUGCAGGAUUCCCACUGACGUACUAUCCUUACUAUGGAAAACUACUGCAGCCUGACUAUCUACAGCCUCUUAUUGCUGUGCAGUUUACCAAUAUCACAUUUGAUGCAGAAGUCCGUAUAGAGUGCAAGGCUUAUGGUGAAAAUAUAGAUUAUCAUGACAAAGACCGCUUUCAGGGACGUUUUGAUGUCAAAUUUGAUAUAAAGAGUAGCUGAUCUCAAGCACGACCCGCAUAAAUCUCCCUCCCCCAAAAAACUUCUAGUCUUGAACAAACUGUCAUGUAUGGGACCUACACUAAAUAUAUAUGCUUUACACUAGCUUUCCGCUUCUACUAGGUUAGAAUGUAAAAUCAAGGUGUAGCAAUAGAAAGAAGUAUUUAUUCUACGGUAAUUGAUUCAAUUCAAUGACUUGAACCUUGGGAAAUGCCCAUUUUGCUGUAAAUUGUUAUUCCAUCAUCAAAAUGUAGUAAAAGCAGUGUUUCUGGCCACAAACUAUUACUGCUUUUCUUUUUAUAUUUUUAGUGUAUUUGUACAGUAGCAUAAAGCGCAGAUUCUACGGUCUAGGCCAAGCCAUGUUCUUUGUUUUUUUGUUUCUGCUUUGUGAGCAAGUUUGUAGUCCAAGGUGUAAAUAGUCUGUAAUGGGGAUAAAACUGGCAUGGUAAUUUUGUUGCUACUUUUUUUUUUAGUUUUUUUUUUAAUUUGAACAGAAGUGGUGGCCAACCAAUGACAUUUAAUAGCACUCCACAAGUCCUUUAAAUAAGGCAUUGAUUUGUUUUAUUUGUAAAAAAAAAAAAAAAGCUUUUGUUUUUGUCUUUCUCUUCUUAGUUUCACUGAUAUGCAAGAGGUGAUGGGUUGUGCGGUGCUUUUUAUUUAAUGCUUUUUAUAGAAACUUUUCCCUUUAAAGCCCAUUAUGAAGGUGUGUGGCCCGAGUCCAACUGUCACUUUUUGUCAGGAAUAGGGCUAAUAGUUUUUGAGUUAUAUAUAUAUAAAUAUUUUUAUUUUAUGUUUUUUUUGUUUUUUUUUCUGGAAGCAUCACGGUUUGGUGCUGUGUCUUUACAAAUGUUUUAACCAUUUUCAUGGUGGAAGAAUUUUAUAUUUAUGCAGUUGUACAAUUUUUAUUUUUCUUCAAGAAAAAGAAACGUAUGAGAUGAACCAAAGUAACCUGUUGGAAAAUAAAUCUUUAUUUUAAAACAACGUUCAUGGCAAUGCAGUAUCCCUAUUUAAAUGUCUACUGUGCGCACAUUGUUCAUACAUCUGUAAUAAUUGCCAGGAGUCUUGUGCUCUUGUUGGAACUUCAGUCAAGUUAAACAUGAGACAAUAAAACAAAUGAAUGAA